AACAUUCUCCGUGCAAUGCGCAAAAUCAAUGUUUGCAGUGUUUUGUGAAUUUUACAGUAAACCUUAACCCUUACCCUUAAUGUUUUUGAAUAUCGCUUUAUUCCUUAAACAUGUGGGUCUUUUGUUCGUGUGCAUCGUAGGGGAUAAACUAUGCGAAGCUCCACAAAUGCCCGCGCUUCUGCGGGCAUGCAUCGAUAAUGCUACACACGUCCUGAUUGGCCUUAUCGGUGCUGAACUGGUGCUGGGCAGCAUAAAAUACCACCCAACAAAACGUGAAUAUGGUGCUUUGCUUUUAGAAGCCGCACUUGUAUCAUCUUUGAUUGAUUUGGACCACUUUAUAGAAGCACGGUCGUUUCGAUUGCAGGACGCCACGAAUCUUAAUCGACGACCAUUCCUGCAUAACUCAGCAAUAUGCUUUCUGAUCGUUAUGCUCCUGAUCGUAGGAAAACGGACAACGAACGGCGUAUUCACUCUUGCUACUGCAAUGGCAUUAAUUGCCUUCAGCACUCAUCACGUUCGUGAUGCCACCAGGAGAGGAAUAUGGCUCAAAGUACCUUUCGUGGAUUUAAACAGUCCACCAAUUCCCUACAUCGGAUAUCUGGCAUUCGUGAACGGAGCUCCUUAUGCCGUUUCGUUGCUUCUAUCGUCCUUAGUAAAAGUUUCUGCUAGGAGCAAGGUGGCAGAAAUGGUUUAAACUAUUUUUAU